GUUCACUGCAACAACAACUUUAAAUUAGUAGAAAACUCGGUUCAAGCUCAAGCACCAGAGAAAACUUCAAUGAAAACUUCCUGCAACAUCAAAUUCAUGCAACAAAUGUUAAUCACCUCCCUAAUCGGGACCUAAUCUGCAGGGAAGAAGCUGGCAGUGGGAGGCAAUCAUGCUUUAUUCAGUUCUGGUCCACCAUCUCACCUUUCAGAAUUUGGAGCAAGUGCAUGCUUUAUUUGGGGUAAUGCUUUAUUCAUCUCUACAUGAGCAACAAUCACCCAAGUUCUCAGCUUCUCACCAAACUCAUCAGAAAUUCAGAAAUAUCUGUUGACAUGGAUCCUUACAAGAAUCGUCCAUCAAGCGGUUUCAAUUCUGCCUUCUGGACUACGAAUUACGGUGCUCCAGUAUGGAACAACAACUCGUCCAUGACUGUUGGACCCAGAGGUCCUAUUCUUCUUGAAGACUAUCAUCUAGUGGAGAAACUUGCCAACUUCGAUAGGGAGCGGAUUCCAGAGCGUGUUGUCCAUGCUAGGGGAGCGAGUGCAAAGGGUUUCUUUGAGGUCACCCAUAAUGUUUCUCACCUUACAUGUGCUGAUUUUCUUCGAUCCCCAGGGGUUCAGACUCCAGUUAUUGUCCGUUUCUCCACUGUUAUUCAUGAGCGGGGCAGCCCAGAAACUUUAAGGGAUCCUAGAGGUUUUGCUGUGAAGUUUUACACCAGAGAGGGUAACUUUGAUCUGGUGGGAAACAAUUUCCCUGUAUUUUUCAUCCGUGAUGGGAUGAAGUUCCCAGAUGUGGUACAUGCUUUUAAGCCAAACCCUAAGUCUCACAUCCAGGAGAGUUGGAGGAUCUUUGACUUCCUAUCCCAUGUUCCUGAAAGCUUGCAUAUGCUUACGUUCCUUUUUGAUGAUUUGGGUAUUCCACAAGAUUACAGGCACAUGGAAGGCUCUGGUGUUAAUACCUAUACUCUAAUAAACAAGGCUGGAAAAGUUCAUUAUGUGAAAUUUCAUUGGAAACCUACUUGUGGUGUGAAGUGUUUGCUGGAGGAGGAGGCAGUCAAGGUUGGAGGAACCAAUCAUAGCCAUGCCACUCAGGAUCUAUACGACUCCAUUGCAGCUGGAAACUAUCCAGAGUGGAAGCUUUAUAUCCAGACAAUGGAUCCUGAACAUGAAGACAAAUUUGACUUUGAUCCACUUGAUGUGACUAAGACUUGGCCUGAGGAUAUUCUGCCUCUGCAGCCAGUUGGUCGCAUGGUCUUGAACAAGAACAUUGACAAUUUCUUCGGUGAGAAUGAGCAACUUGCAUUCUGUCCUGGCAUUAUUGUUCCGGGUGUUUCAUAUUCGGAUGACAAAUUACUCCAGACUAGGAUCUUUUCCUAUUCUGAUACCCAGAGGCAUCGACUUGGACCGAACUAUCUGCAGCUCCCUGUUAAUGCUCCAAAAUGUGCUCAUCAUAACAAUCACCAUGAAGGUUUCAUGAACUUCAUGCACAGGGAUGAGGAGGUCAAUUAUUUCCCAUCCAGAUAUGACCCAGUUCGCCAUUCUGAGAAGUACCCCAUUCCUUCUGCCAUUUACAGUGGAAAGCGCGAGAAGUGUGUCAUUGAGAAGGAGAACAAUUUCAAGCAACCUGGAGAGAGAUAUCGAUCUUGGGCACCUGACAGGCAAGGGCGAUUCCUUGGCCGGAUGGUUGACUGCUUGUCUGACCCCCGAGUCACUCAUGAGCUUCGUAGUAUCUGGAUCUCCUACUGGACACAGUGUGACCGAUCCCUGGGUCAGAAGCUAGCAUCUCGUCUCAAUGUGAGGCCAAGCUUUUGAAGAUGAUGCAAUCAUAAUAUUCUAAAUCAAGAACGAGGAUACUGGUUCAGAAUCUCAAAAUCAAUUUCAGUCAUUGGAUUGCUUUAACUUGCAUGUCAUGUAUCUCUUUAGCUAAUAAAUUCUAGUAGUAUGCUGUCUAAGAUGGUAAGGCGUGUAGUUUGCUGGAUUCGUAUAUUAGCUUUACUCAUGUGCUUAGCCACAAUGUGUUUGGACAACCUUAGUAACUUGAGGGUUGUGUGGUAAUGUCCUUCAUUAGUGCAACCCAAGUUUCUAGAUACUUCCAUACGCCUGAGGUAAUAAUGUAAUUGGAAUAACGAACAUGGCUUCAUGGUUGUGCGUUAUUAUAUUCCCCAUUUUAACCACAUUGAUAUGAUAGACUACUACUAAUUCAAA